AUGAGCUUUCAUUUCUCACCGACAACUGGAGGUCUCGGAACAAUCACUACAGCUACUACCCCGAGACUUGCUUCUCAACCAAUCUCACAACGUGUCGAAAACCACCCACCAGGGGUGACGGGAAUCGCACCAAGGCCUUCAAGAGAACUCUCAACGACACCACUCAGACCAUGGACUCCUUCAAUUGGAGCUCCAAUUGAAAGACAAGGCGGCAAUACUGGCAGCUUUACGGCCCAUAGCACAUUUUCCCAAGUGCAAGAUUUGCCUGCUCCUGGCCGAGGACAAAUUUUCUCUGGUUCAAUUCCAGAUGACGUAGAUGGCCUUAAUCAGCCAGAUAUCCACUCCCCUUUACCGGCUUUGAACAGGAGCAAUACUCCUGUAUUUGCAAACCGCAUGCGAGCUAACCCCAGGCCAGAGCAUGAAACAACAGCGUUGAUGACAUGGGUUGACGAAAUCAGACCGCAAUUCACACUCGAACCCCGCCAAGUUCGUGAACUCAAGGGCAUGGUUAUGGUUGCUCCUUCGGUGGAAACAGAGCCGUUGAAACUUCAUCUACUUACUCACGCUGCAAUCUGCCGCUUAGAAAAUAAAAGCAAUGCAAAUUCAGACACUGCAUCUGUCAAGGAAGUUGUUGACAGUGCCAUGAAGCAGCUCUCGAAGCACAUAGAAAUCCCCAGCACCUCUAAAGAAAUUAUACGUACCCUAGGCCGUGAUGAGUGUGCAAACCCUGCGCGAUCCUCUUAUGGUGACGUCGGCAAGGCUGUUUGGGCGAGGUGCAAGGCCGAGGCAGAUGUCCAUGAUUUCAGCGUGUUCCUUUCAAAGACUACGCAUGAAACGGCGUUCAAGAAAGUUGCAGAGGCAACAGGAAAAAAAAUGCUGCAGCAAUUUCGGGAUGAUAUUCUGGCUACCAUUGUUGUUGACGAGAGCGGACGGAAAGAGCCAUUGAAUUUAGAAAAGGCAACACACAUCCUCUGCAAGAAAUACGUCAAGGGAGGAGGCGGCGGAACAUUGCAUCAGUUUCGUUUUGCUAUGAUUCGUCGUUUCAUGCGUGAAUCUGAAUGUGAAGAGGAGGGUCCAGUUUUAAAGAGGCGCAAAAUUGGAAAUGGAGGGCGACAGACGCAGGACGAAGCGUUCUGGGGCCGGUUCGACAAAUACCUCAAGGAGAAGAUGGAUGAAUUUGGGAUGAAUAUGAAGGACGACAAAUGGAAGGAAUAUCUAACGGAGACAGUGCAAGCUGACUGGCAAAGGUUCGGUGAACCCAACAACAGCCUUCUUCCUGCGCUUCCGCUCGUUUUCAACAGCAACGGUUUCACUGCGGUCCGUGUUCCUCUCCAGGACAUACAUGAUACAAGCAACAGCGGUGGAAGUGGAAUUGCUCAGACUGCCGGAGAAACACUCAUUGGGCAACAAUCAGACUAUGACCAUUUCUAG